AUGGCUGUGGACGCAGCCUCCAGUUUCAGUUUCUGCCGGCCUGCUGUGGAGUAUAGGGCACUGCCUGAGGACUUCAAGCACCUGAGUCGACAGACGGAAGGGAACCUCACCUGGCAUGACGGGCGUGGUCAGAAAACAGCAGGGGGCCGGACAGUGAAGCUGCUCCAACAGCCUGGGACAGAGAGCUAUCAGCAUCGUUCAGGUGACUCCUAUGGAAUCUACCACACCAGCCCCACCCAGCCCAGUCUGAUCCGACCUGUGGUGUUGUGGACUCAGCAGGACGUCUGCCGAUGGUUGAAGAAACACUGUCCUCACAACUACCUGACCUACGUAGAGGCCUUCUCUCAUCACGCCAUCACAGGCCGUGCUCUGUUGCGUCUGAAUGGAGAUAAAUUGGAGAGGAUGGGCUUGGUGCAGGAGACGCUGAGGCAGGAGCUCCUACAUCAGGUGCUUCAACUGCAGGUGCAAGAGGAGGAACGUAAUUUGCAGCUCCUUAGCAGAGGUGGCUCUUUUGGGAACCUGUCGUAAUAUGGAUAUUAUUUUCCUAACUGGGCUGUUUACACUGAACACUGGACAAAUGUAUUCAUCAGUGUGUCGGCAGGGAGACUACUAUAUAACGAUCAGAAUUCAUAUGAAUCACAUGGAAACCAUGAACUUUAAAGAGGACACAUGGGAUGAUCACAUGCAGCAUCAAACUUGGAUGGGACAAUCAAUAGAGCACAGCCCCAAGUUUACAAAGUUGAGUAUCUGUUUUCCAUCAACCAAAUCUGUCUGGACUGAAGACUAUAAUCAUGAUUAUAGACUUUGUCAAGAUUGGUUGUGUCUUGUAGCCAUUUGUAUGCUAUUCUAUGUUUUACCCUAACAGUUGUAAGGUUGUGAAUGAUUCCUUUUUGUCUCACUGUUUCUUUAGAAGUAUCCUAUAGAUUCAGUGUUUAAUUGUGAAUACACUCUAACCUGGAUUUUCAAAUGGGUUUAUUUGAAAAUAUUUUUGUGAGAUGCAUUUUUGGGUAAAGGCUCAUUAUUUCUGACAAAUAAAAUGUAUUUUAC